CCCAUUCCUAAAAGCAAAUCAAAAUACCACCUCUCUUUAUUCGAUUAUCUUCUCCAUUCUCUCUCAUCUCCUCAGUUCUUAACUUCUUACUGCCCAAAUAAUGAAGGCAUUAACAAUGCUCAAGUUCUGGAAAUCAUAUUCUAACACAUCAAAAUUAGAUACAGAAGCCGCCAUUACUGACAAUGAUGACGAAUCAGUAACUACCAUCACUGAUUCCACCAUUUCCGACAACUUCACUGAAGAAACCGAAGAAACCGAAGACGAUGAAGAAUCCUUCUUCGAGUUAGAACUUACAUCACCAUUCUCUUACGACUUCAAAUUCUGCCAGGAUUCUCCUUGCUUUGAAAAUUCAUCAGAAAAGAAAGAACCUGAACUAAAACUGAAAUCAAAACCUCAAUCACCUACCUCUGUUAUUCGCUCUGCUUCUCCGAAACUGCGAGUGUUUAUGUUUAGUAGAUUUAAUAAGAAAUCGAAAUGUGUAGAGGAGGAGGUUUCUGACAUUGAAAGCGUUUCGUCCAGUUAUUCUCCAAAACGGAAUAGUUCAAGUUUAUUUAAUGUGAAAUUUCGAAUUGAAGAUGGAUCAAUUGUUCCGAAACUCGCUCGAAGUCGUAGCAAUAGCUCAAGCGUUUCAGCUAGUCCAAUCAUAGAAAAACAAAACUCGGAGGAUUAUAUGGAAUCGUCGAAACGAUUCUCAAAGGAAACGAUUCAGAAAUACUUGCAUCGGAUAAAUCCAAAAUCGUCCAAAAAGAAUACAGACGGCGAAAAAUUUAUGUCUUCUCCGAGUAGCACAUCAUCGAUAUCGUUUCCGAAGAAAGACGAAAAGCAAACAAGUCGAUUUAAGAUGAAAUGUAAACAACUAGGUAAAAGCAAAUCAGCGUCAGCGAUUAUAGGAGUACCUUCUCCGACAACUUUCCCGGUUAGAAACGACCAUCCUUGUGACGGAAUCGAAGGCGCGAUUUUACAUUGCAAGCGUUCUCUCACUCCCUGUAACGGUCGUUCGUCAUUAUCGAGGUGUAGCAGUGAUCCAUCACAUGAGAAAUCAGUUCAAAUGUCAGAAGAAAUAUGAAGAAAAACAAAAGGCUGAUUAAAUGAUUAGUCCACUACCUCUGUAAACUCGUCUUUUUGGUUGUUUGUUCGUCAAAAGUAGCGGGAAAACGAAAAUCUGCAUUUCUCCCCAAAAUAUGGAGUAAUGAUUUAAAAUUACGAAAGGCAUAUAGUAGUGACAUUUCUCUGUUUCAAAGUGAGAAAAAGAGAUAUGAAAGUUUUUCUUCUUUGUGGGUUUGAUAAUUUGUUAGUUUGUUAGAAGUGAUUCAGAAGAAAUGAUGACCAGUGAGGUAAGAUCACUUGAGUCGUCUUGUAAAGUGUACUAGCAUUGGGGUAACUGUUACUUAAUGAUGAAGGAUUUUUAUAUUGUAGAGUA